AUGUGCAACUGUCUCAGAAGCAGAUCGCUUGUUGAUAGCGUGUUCGUUUCGUACUCCAGUAAUGCAAGUGACCCAUUACAUUUGAGAGACAAAAAGCAACAAAAAAUACUUGAAGAUGACAAUGCACAAGAUCUGCUUCGUCAUCUAAGCGACAAUGAGAAGGUGUGCCUUGUUGUACUUGAUCAUGCAGGUCUUUCAACCAAUCGUGAAGAUUUGGAGCAAUUGAUCAAUGACAACGAGAGCCACCAAAAACUAAUUGUCGACACAAUGCCCUUCAACAACAAAGUAACAGUAUAUGAGCGUCAGAAACUGCUGAAUAAACAGCAAACAAUGAAGGCGUUCGAAUGCAGAAACAGGCCUUUGCAACGCUCGAAAUAG